AUUUUACUCUACAGCCGAAAAGAGUAAUGAAGCAAAAUGAGAAAUCGGAUGUUCUUUGCUGAGGAUGAUAUCAACUUUCUACUAUGACAUCACACGUUAAGAUAUGCGUAUUAGGAAGUGGGAAGUAUGUCUGAAUUCCUAAAUCAGCAGGCUAUGAAACUGGUCUACAAACGCUCAGAUAAUGAAGAGAGACACCCAGAGCCUGAUAUGAUGAAGAGUCUAGAAAGAAGGGGAUCAGGACUGCUACCUGCUUCACAGCUGGAGAAAAUCGAUGAAUUCUUCCAUAUCUGUGACAGUGAGGGCAAGGGUUAUAUUACACCCACUGAUAUGAGGAGGUUGAACACAGAAUUACCACUCUCUGUAGAUGAACUGGAGAAUGUCUUUGACUCAUUAGACUUUGACAGAAAUGGCUACCUUACUCUAGAAGAGUUCUCCUCUGGAUUCAGUAAAUUUCUGCAGGGACGUAGAAUGAGCCAGGUGGAGGAUCAGCUCACGGCUCUCUCCCAGGAUUGUUCAGAAGCUCUAUAUCAGAAUGAUCCACAGGAUUACGAGGAAGAAAGCCACUUCAGUAUGCUGAUGGAAAGCCUAGGCGCUAGCAAUAUCUUUGAAGAUCCCAAUAUAGUGCGCACCCUGUGGAUUCAGUUAAGAAAAGAUGAGCCUCAUCUUCUGUACAGCUUUGAAGAUUUUCUGGCACGAGUCACAUCCCAGAUCAGAGCGGUCCAACAAGAGAAGAGUGAGAUGGAAAGUGCCUUGAAAAAGAAAGCUGUAACACACAAUGGUGAAAUCCAGCAGUUAUAUGAGGAAAUGGAGCAACAGAUAAAAAAUGAGAAAGCUCAACUGAGUCACAAGGACCUCAGAAGUCAGGAUCUGCAGCAGCAGUUAAGCAGCAAAGAGCAAGAACUUGAGUGGCUCUUCCUCAAACAGAAAGGAUUGGAGCAACAGUGUCAAGAGCUGCACACUGAGCACAAGGAAAGUCAGUUGGAAAACAUAAAACUGAAAAUGGCCAAUCAGGAGCUCUCAUGCGAGCUGGAAAACACCAUUCAUGAGCUUUCAUUGGCUCAAGAGCAACUGGACAAGCUGCAGGAGCAAGGCUUGAGACAGCAGCAGGAAAAGGACAUGGAGGUAUACAAAAUCAUAGAGAGACUGCAGAGAGAGAAACAAAACCUAGUUCUUCAAUUAGACCUGCUCAGAGAAAUGAAUAUACAUUUAAGAGAUGAUCAAGAGUCUUUGAAAUGCAACAAGAAGAAAUCCACCCUGGAACAUGGACCAAUCUCAACCUCAAAUGCUCAUUCUGACAGAAAGCAGUCUGCAGAAAGCGUGGCUGGUACAAAAGUGACUCAGCACCCUAACAGGAAGACCUCGUCUCAUAACUCUAGCCCACAUUCUACCUCCAGAGAUGAUGGGAUGGUUAUAAUGGCAAAGCAUACUGCGUGUGCUGGUGGAAAUUCAGUGUCUACGAACCCAGACCCAAUGGAUUCUCCACGGCACCAUAGGCUUAUCUCCAUCGAGGAGGACCACCUCCCACACCUGCUAAAAGGAGAAUUCUGUCCUCACUUUCACCAGAUGAAUGAGGAAGACGAUGGGGCACAGAUUGAUCUGCAGAUGAGCCCCAUGUUUCCAUCAAACAUGUCCCUGGCCUCUUUGACCAGGGGUCAGCCAGUAGGCAAGGAAGCUUUGCAGAAGGGUCAAGUGGAGAGUUCUGUGUCCACCCCACAGCGCCUCUUUAAAAUCAUUCUUGCGGGUGACACAAGUGUGGGUAAAACCGCUAUACUGCAACGUUUCUGUGAUGGUCAUUUUCGCACAGACACCAUAGCGACUGUGGGUAUUGACUUCAGUGUGCAGACUCUGAAACUGGGGGACAGUCAUGUGGCUCUGCAGUUGUGGGACACUGCAGGACAAGAGAGAUUUAAAAGCAUCACCAAGCAGUUUUUCCGCAAGGCUGAUGGUGUUGUGCUGACCUAUGACAUCACGCUGCGUGACAGCUUUAAAUCUGUGCGGCCCUGGCUGGUGAGCAUACAGGAAGCAGUCGGAGGCCCAGUUCCCAUCAUGCUUCUGGGCAACAAAUCAGACAGGGAGAGUAUGAGGCAGGUGGCAACUGGGGAAGGGGAAAAGCUUGCUAAAGAAGCAUGUUUGUUAUUCUACGAGUGCAGUGCUUAUACAGGCUACAAUGUGCAAGAGGCCAUGGUACACCUAGCCAGAGUACUGAAAGAGCAGGAGGACAGAGUUUGGGAGAAGACAGUGCGUCUGGGGGAUCAGUCAGUGAAGAAGAAAACCUGCUGCAUGUGAACACACAAACCCAGACACACACACACACACAUGCACACACACACAUGCACACACACACACACACACACACACACACACACACACACACACACACAGAGGAAGAUUAAAUGUGUAGCAUACGAGAAGAAGUGCCGGAGGUGAAGAGCUAAGCUGUAAUUAGGAAACAUUAUCUGAAACAAAUUUCCUUUUCUGCUCUGUGCUGUCAUUAUGUCUCAUUGUUGUUGCUGGAUUAAUAGACUGACAAAAGUGUUAAUCACUCAGGUCUGUGGACUCAUGUGACAGUAAGUGAUAGUACUGUACAGUUGGUUUUGUUUUAGGAUUCAAAUACAGUUACAAGUAGUGCAAGAUCUAUACACGAGUGUGAAUGCCAUGUAUUAGCCUUGGUGAAUAAGCAUGCAUGAAUGUAACAGACCAACAGUCCUACUGUAAAU